AUGGGGACCAUGGUGAACUCCAACUACUCGGCGCUCCCGCUCACCUCCACCGCCAUCGAGCUGCAGUCAAGCCAGCCGCCGCCGCAUCCCAAAUCUGGCGCCUCCACCAACGGCCACGCCAAGCUCACCAAGCAGGACUCGUUCCUCGGCGAGGUCGAUGACGACGACGCCGCCACCAACGCCGGCGAGCACGACUCACUGCCGCUCAUCGGCGACGACGGCCCCUCCGGCCCGCCGGAGGGCUCGGGGGUCUACGGCGCGGUGUUCAACCUGGCGACCUCCAUCAUCGGGGCGGGCAUCAUGGCGCUACCGGCGACCAUGAAGGUGCUCGGCGUGGCCGUGGGGCUCGUCUCCAUCCUCGUCAUGGGGCUCCUCUCCGAGGUCACCAUCGAGCUGCUCGUCCGGUUCGCGGUGCGCUGCCGCGCGCUCUCCUACGGCGAGCUCGUGCACCGCGCGCUCGGCCGCCCCGCCAGCGUCGUCGCGCAGCUCUGCAUCGUCGUCAACAACGCCGGCAUCCUCGUGGUGUACCUCAUCAUCAUCGGGGACGUCAUGUCCGGGUCGCUCAAGCACAUGGGCGUCAUGGACCAGCUCGUCGGCCACGGCGAGUGGGACAACCGCAGGCUGCUCAUCCUGUUCGUCCUCGUGGUGUUCCUCGCGCCGCUGUGCGCGCUGGAGAAGAUCGACUCGCUGAGCCUGUCGUCCGCCGCGUCCGUCGGGCUCGCCGUUGUUUUUGUGGCCGUCUCGUGCAUGAUCGCCGCGGUGAAGCUCGUCGAGGGCAAGCUCGCCGCGCCGAGGAUGGGGCCGGAUUUCAGCUCGAAGGCGGCGAUCCUCGACCUUCUCGUGGUGAUACCCAUCAUGACCAACGCCUACAUCUGCCAUUUCAACGUGCAGCCCAUCUACAACGAGCUCAAGGAGAAGACGCCUCAGAACAUGUACAACGUCGGCCGGAUCUCCACCGUGCUCUGCGUCGUCGUGUACGCGCUGACCGCCAUCUCGGGGUACCUCCUGUUCGGCGACGACACCGAGUCCGACGUGCUCACCAACUUCGACAAGGACCUCGGGAUCAAGUUCAGCACGGCGCUCAACUACAUUGUGAGGAUCGGGUACAUCGUCCACCUGGUCCUCGUCUUCCCGGUGGUCCACUUCUCGCUGAGGCAGACGGUGGACUCGCUGGUGUUCGGGGAGCUCGCGCCCCACAGCAGGAAGAGGAUGCUCUCCCUGACGGUGGUGCUGCUGGCCCUCAUCUACCUCGGCUCCACCAUGAUACCCAACAUCUGGAUGGCCUUCAAGUUCACCGGCGCGACCACGGGGCUGGCAUUAGGUUUCAUGUUCCCCGCCCUUGUCGCAUUGAGGCUGGACAAGGAGGGGGAGUGCCUGGGCCGCGGAGAGAGGCUCCUGUCGGUCGGAAUGCUGGGGCUGGCCAUCGUCGUCAGCGUCGUCGGGGUCGUCGGAAACGUGUACAGCCUGAGGAGCAAGUCUGAGUGA